AUGAAUUCAAUACUUAGAACAUCAGUAAGAUCGAUUCGAUCAUUAGUCACGCUCCCAAAGAUUGGAAAAACGAUACAAAACAGAUCAAUUUAUCACAUGGUCGUUUCAAGAAACAAUUGCGCCUCAAAUACAGCCAUAACUUUAACUAAUCCAAGCAUAAAUUGCAAAUGUGGAUGUGGUGGAAUGUCAAAAAUUCAUACAAAAGGCGAGCGUGAAUUAGUCGAGUUCCUUGCUGAAGAAAUCGUUGCUGAACGAAAAGCACAAAAGAAGAAAACAUUACCGACUGAGAUUGAUGGAUUUAAAGUCAAAUUGGAUGGUGCUGAUGUUGAGCUUAUCAAAGAUCUUGGAAAGGAAAAAAUCACAAUUUCUUUCAACGUCAAUCACACAGUUGAUGCCGAAGAGGAACCAGAAAUUACACCAGAAAAGGAUAAUGCUGAGUUUGGGGAAAUGAAGAGCAAGCCAACAUUUGAAAUUGACAUCCUUAAGGAAAAUGGAAAGACGCUGUCAAUUUCAUGCUCAUUUUUACAAGGCGAGCCACAAGAAGGCGAAUAUAAUGAUGUUUUUGGCAUUGAUGAACUUACAAUUUUUGAUGGAGAAUGGACAGACAAGACUUAUGCUGUUGCUGGCGACGUAUUAGAUGGAUAUUUGUAUGAUCUUUUAAUGAAUUUCCUCGAAGAAAAGGGCAUAUCCAAUGAAUUUGCCGAAAAGAUUUGUGAAUUCAGCACAGCUUAUGAACAUCACCAAUAUAUUAGUCUUCUUGAAACACUCUCUACAUUUGCAAUUGAAACAAAAUAG